UCCCCUUCUCCUCCUCCUCCUCCCCUCCUCCUCUUCCUCCUCCUCCUCCCCACCCCGUUUGCCUCACCCCAUUCAGUCAGUCGCCUUGACUGAGCGCUGACCGUGCGCGGAGCACUGGGCUAAGCGCUCGGAAAAGCCCCAUUCCGUGGAUGGGCCGGGGGCGUCUCCCCCACUCCCUUUAGCGCCUUCUUUUCGCCCCGUUGGCCGAGGAGGGGUCCGCCGAGGACCCUGCUGAGGAGGAGAUGAGCUCUCUAGUCUACCCGAGCCUGGGCAUGAAGGAUCGGAAAGCCCUGACCAUCCUCCACUACCCUGGGGUGGGCGUGAGCGGGAGCAAGGUCAGCGCAGCCCCCCACGUGGGCUCGGCCGGACUGAUGGGCACCCCCGUGGGCCCUCCGCCCUCCAAGCCCCCGCCCUUCAGCCUCCAGGCCGCCCCGCACCUGCUGGCCACCAUGCAGCUGCAGAAACUCAAUAGCCAGUACCACGGGGUGGCCGUGGCCACGGGGGAGUCGGCGACCCUCCAGACCUGGGCCUUUGGGGCUCAGCCCCUGGGGCCAGCGGGCCCGCUGCCCCCCACCCCCGGGACCCCCAGUCCCGGCAUCAUAGACUCCGACCCCGUGGACGAAGAGGUGCUGAUGUCCCUCGUGGUGGAGCUGGGACUGGACCGGGCCAAUGAACUGCCCGAGCUGUGGCUUGGGCAGAACGAGUUUGACUUCGCCACAGACUUUCCCUCCGGCUGCUGAUGCCCAGAGAUGGGAUGAAGCCACUGUGUGUCUCGGAGGAAGGAGGGUGGGGAGGACCGCUGAUGCCUGGGGGGAGGGAAGGGGGGAUGGAACGAUUUUCCCGCUGACCGAAACACAGAGCCCCUUAGAUUGGAAGGGGUCUCGGGCUGAUGGUCAGAAGGGCUAAGCAAGCCGGAGAGGCAGCGAGGACUUGUUCUCAGGCCAGGAGGGACUUUGGGGCUGUGUAGAUGCUACUCCUUGCGGGACUGAGGAGCUAAACUUCUGGAGAACUAGCACUGGACUGUGUAUGAGAGAGAGGUUGUCUUCUCUAAUGGGUGUGUCCUCUCAGACCUGCCCAUUCCAGCCCUAUAUUCCUUGGAUUAAUAAUCAAAUCGCCACUGAAGGAUGAGGUGAGGGGCCGGUUGCCUUUGGACUACUGGUCGACCUCCAAGGACAAAUGGAAGGGAGAAUGCCUCACUCCCUCCUGGUCCCCUUAUCGUGGCACUAACGCAAGUCUCCCCCUCUCCCAUUUCUUUCCCUUUUUUAAAAAAAAAAUUCCUACAGAAGGGGAGGAGGGUGGGGAGCUCGCGCAGAUGUGUAUAUUUUUUUUAAAUACAAAAACUGAAGAGAUUCCAAAUACGCUGCCUGGGUGCCUUGCCGGAAGAGUGUCGCUCCUGCCCAUUUCUACCCGCUGGGUUUUGGGGUGGGGGCGGGGAUGACACCAGUGCAUCAGUCAGUCAAUCGAUGGUAUUUACUGGGCGCCUACUGUGGUCAGAGCUCUGAACUAAGCACCUGGGGGAAAGCACGGUUAAGUUGCAAGACCAGGACCCCGCCGUCAAUAAGCUAACAGUCUGUGGAGAGGAGGAAGACAGACAAUGACAUGACAUCUCAAAGCUUCCAUCCAAUCCAACCAUCUCCUCCUUCCUCAGCCCCUCCAGCGAGAGGCUGAUGGGAGAGAGCGGGAAAAUAUCUUUUGCAGCACUGGGGCCUCGGAGGCCAGGGCAUGAGCUGAUAAGUGCAAUGGGCUCCAGGAGGCUGAAGGUUUGCUGAUGAAAGCCCCUGUGGUUACCUGUUAAGGGGAAACAAUAAAAUAUUGUGCAGAGAAA